CUUAUUUAAUUUCUUUCCCCAAAAGACCAAACCCUAGAACACAAAUAAUACCAUUUUCCCAAAUCCAAGAAAAAACGAAAAUUCAUUUAAUUUCUUUGAUAAAAUCAAAUCUAAUUUGCGAUCAACAACUUCACAAGCUUAAUCAUUGCAUCAAUUUCAAUUUAAGGUUUAUUGGUUGUGGGGUUGAACAAUCAUAGGAUAUGAGGUUUAAAAAAGGAAGUAAAGUUGAGGUGAUGAACAAGAAGGAUUCACCUGUAUCGUGGUGUCCUGCAGAGAUCGUAUCGGGUAAUGGACAUACCUACUCUGUAAGGUAUGAUUAUUAUCCGUCUACGGAAAAGAAAACGAGGGUCGAGAGGGUUUCGAGGAGGGAUAUUAGACCAUGUCCCCUGAUUCUAGAAGGUGUGGAGAAUGGACAAAGUGGUCAGAUUAUCGAGGUGUUUGAUAACUGUUGUUGGAAAACUGCUAUUAUUGUGAAGGUUAUGAAUAGUGACUGUUAUUUGGUACACCUGACCGGGUGCUCUGAGGAGAUUCGGGUUCAUAGAUCGAACACCAGAGUGCGACAAUGUUGGCAAGACGAAAAAUGGCACUUGAUUGGAAAGGGUUCUGGGACGUGUGCAAAACCUGACCACCUUCCUGCUCAAAAACCUUCUAACAAGGUGAGCAGAAAUGGAUUUCAUGUUAGAGAUGGAGAUUUGGCUGCUCAGGGAAACUUUAAAAGGCAGAAGUGUAAUGCUAACUCUUUGGUGUUGCUUAAGAGGGUGUCGGACGAAUCAUCUAGAAACAUUCAGGGAGAUUUUAAGAGACGGAAAGUAGUUCCGUCUGCCUUAGAGGGAAAGACACAUGUUAAUGUCAGGUGCAAAGGAAAUAUGAUGGAUAAAAAGAAGUAUGUGAGUGCUUCAUUUAACAAUUGGUCGGAUGGAUAUUAUGGAUUGAGCCCUACAAAAAGAAGUGCUGCCAAUGGCUAUUCCGCUGCAAGCAUUGGAGAAUCUAAUGAUUCUGAUGCAUGCUCCGUCGGUAGUUGUAGCAUUAAUCAUGAGAGUCCAAAUAAAUUUUCUAACUUUUCCGAAGUUCAUUGUCAACAAGUUCCUGAUCUUCUGUGCAGUGAUGCAGAGUCUUUUCAAAGUUCAGCAGAAGCACAUGAGGAGGAAAGCUCCAAUGUAGCAGAAAGUAUUCGUGAGUUGGAGUUGCAUGCUUAUAGAUGCACUUUGGAGGCAUUGUAUGCUUGUGGUCCCUUGAGUUGGGAACAAGAAGCAUUAUUGACAAAUCUCCGCAUCGCACUCCAUAUUUCAAAUGACGAACAUUUAAGAGAGCUGAGGACUUUAAUUUCUUCUGGAACUGGUAUUCAUGUCAGUUGAUAAUUAAUUUCUCCAUUUUUUUUUUCAAAUGGUAGGACCACAUCCAUGUUUUGAAUUGAGUAGCUUUUGUAAAAGCAUGAAGUAGGUGACACAUUUGUUAAUUCUCUCUUGGUCGUUAACCUCCACUUUGUAGACAGUUGGCCAAUUUGUAACUAUGUUAUCAUGCCGUAUAUUCUUGGAAAGAAAUCGACUCAAUUAUUCUUAAAUUCAUACUUCUUUGAACUUUGUAAUGAAUGACUGAAAAGUCUUGUGAUGUUAUUUCUGAAGGAGCUUGGGUAUUUUCUGCUACAUCAUUGAGCUGUAAAUAUCACUUUUUCCUGAUGUGUAAUCUAGUCAAGGACAUUCCUGCUAUGGAAAUGUCAAAAGUCUAAAUGUUACAACCGAAAAUCUUUCUUCAUUGGGCGGAAAAACAGAUUGAAAUGAAGCCAGUUAGUUCUUGCUGAAUACUUUUUUCUGAAUUGGAAAAAACCAAGAGUGGAUGCAUACAUAAGAAGACCUUUUUCUAUGUAUGAUGCAAAUAAAACAAUUCUAUUUUUCUAUUUCUACUUCAGAAGCUGUUAAUCAAGAACUGAAUUUGGUGAACUCAUUGCACCUUGUUGUAACAUACUUAUGGAUUUUAUUUACUCAUUUCUUUGAUCUCCUCGCAAUAUGGAAGUAUAUGGAUUUAUUUUCUCUAUUUUUUUAUUCACGGAACAUGUGCAUUUUCCAGGGCGACAUUGGGAUGCGUGCAUCCUUUGCCUCCUAAAGUCCAAAGAUGAUGCUUGCAUUUGCAGCACCUCUCCUGGCCAUAGAGAGGACUCAUGCAACGUCUGUCUCAGAUAAGACAAAUUCAUGGCUUGUUAUAUUACUGUUUUACAGCUUCAUGAUUUGUUUUGUCUGGUUAACUUCAACAUCUUUAGCCUGGUUUUGCCGAAGGAAGUGAAUUUCUUAAGAUGUUGAAACUAUUGUGCAUGAUCUUAUGAUAUAUGUCUUUGUAUUGCUAGCUAUCUGAUUGAAGUUGUGCUUAUUUUUCCUCUAGAAGAUCAAUGAACUUUCUGUACAUACAGAGGAAAGUAUGUGUUGUCUUUCUAUAGACAUUAGUUCGAAAGAUAUCUAUUUUUUGUUGGGUAGUACGGAGAUGAAGGUGGUCAGAAUUGAUGCCCAUAAUGAAACUAGUAGUAAUAUUCAUCACUUAGCACUUCUAAAUUUUGUUGGAUUGGUAGCCUUUGUACUAGCAGGAAUUAAAUCUACACUGCAUGUGCAAAAGUGUAUGCUCUUCAUCCCUCCUGAAAAGUUACGGCUCUUUGGGCUAACAGCAUAUUCUAGCAUUCCUUCUGCCUGUAAAUUAACAUUUGGAAUUUUUUCUAGUAUAGCGAGUGUAAAAAUAAAUCUGCUGUUUCCUAGCUCAAUAUGAUUCAAGAAUAGAUUUCUCUGUUGGAGGAAGGCUAUAGUUUUAUGAUGUGGAAUAGUAGUUAUUUUUUAUCAAAGAUAUUGGAGAUUGUUGAUGACCAAAAGUUGUUGCUCAUCAUUUGAACUUUCAUGAAGAGGUUUUUGCUUGAUUUAAGGCGUGUUUGGGAUGACGGAAAAUGGUUUUAUGGAAAAUGUUUUUCAGAAAAUAAGUCAUUUUCUAGUGUUUGGUUGCUAGAAAACAUUUUCGACAUUUUCCACCAACAGAGGGAAAACGACUUACCUCGCUUCAGUCAUUUUCCAACUUUUAACUUCGUAUCAUUGCUCUAACCAAUACAUAAAUGAUAGAUAUUAUUAUCAAUCUUUCAUACUUGAGAGUUUUUCUUUGAGCCGGUCUAUCGGAAACAACCUCUUUGCCAUCUCAAGGUAAGGGUAAGGUCUGCGUACACAACCCUCCUGAGACUCCACCUGUGGAACUACACUGGGUUUGUUGUUGUUUCAUACUUGAGAGUUUCAUGCAACACUAUCCAGUCUGCUAAUAUUCUUAACAAUCUUCAAUAUAUGUCUUCCGAAAAACAUUUUCCACUCACCUACCAAACACCGGAAGAAAUAAGUCAUUUUCGGAAAACAUUUUCCAAAUUUUUUCUCCAUCGUAUACGAAACACACCCUUAAUGUAAUCUUGCGUUAUAUUAACUGUUCUUGACUUGAGUUGUGCUUCUUUUGGUCAAUGAGUAGCUGUCUCUACAUGGACUGAAGAUACAUGUUUCAUCUGGAUAAGAGAUUCUGUGACAGGUUAUUAUAGUUCUGUUGAAAGAAUUUCCUUUUCCUUUUCCUUUUAGAUUAUUGUUUAGUGGUAUUGUAUCACUUUUUUUUUGCUAUCAAGUGUUUCAGUGGCUGAUGCAGAGUUGUAAAUUCCUCCCAUUUUCAUGGCUCAUACUUGAGGUAAAGAGUAUGUAACAUGUAUACUUUUCUAAUUAACAGUGGUGGUACUCCUCAUUUUUCAUUUCCUUCUGCUCAAUGGAAAGGCGGCCCCCUGAGGUAGAGGCGGUUCCAAGACUUAAAUUUGAUGGAAUCGACCUUUAAAUUUAUGGCAAAUUACACAAAUAACAACAUUUUAGGAGCUCUUAACGAAUAGUAGCUACCUUUUACUUAUUUACGGUUCGUAGCUACAUUUAGGCAAUUCGCAUGUAUUUGAGUGUAGUUGGAUACACUGUUCAGUUGUAUCCAACCUUAUCUGAUGUCACGUGUAUGUGACUGUAUUUGAAUACACGCAACCUUAAUUUCUUUGAAUACAUGUGUAUUCAAAAUGAUUGUAUUUCACUAUUGAUAUAUCCUUUUGUUUUGGCUGUA